AUGUUCGGGUGAAGCAGGGAGCCCGCCGAAGCGCCCCUCGGGUGGGAGCGCCGCCAAGGCAACAUGCGAAAGCAAAACCUCUUCAUGCUGCUUUCUGCCCUGUCGCUGGCCGGAGGAUCUGCGGAGAACAGCUCUGAAGAUGGUGGUUCAGGAGAUGGAUCGCCGAUAUUACCCACGGUUACAGUAACGCCUCCUCCUGCCACGCGUUCUUCAACUGUGGAUGACCAUGAGCCAGUACUUGUCACUGCAAGCACCACUGAAAGCAGCUUUGAAACAAAAAGUACUCCAAGUACUGAAUUGAAUGACACCAACAAUCAGGACAGCCUAGAAGCAGCAGAACAGUCUAUCUUGAUAUACGUUGUCCCUGUUGCGCUGCUGGUCCUGCUGAUUUCAUUGAUCGUAUUUUUUGUAAUACAUCAUAAACGGAAAAAGUCUAAGCAAGAUGAGCUGGGAAGUGAAAAUGUGAAAAGUCCUAUUUUUGAAGAAGACACACCCUCAGUUAUGGAGAUAGAGAUGGAAGAGCUUGACAAAUGGAUGAACAGCAUGAACAAAAAUGCUGACUGUGAAUGUUUGCCUACUGUAAGAGAAGAAGAAAAAGAAUCAAUUGCCAACCCAAG